AUGUCGGGGUUAAGCAUCAACUUUGAUAAAUCUAGUUUAAUUCCUAUUAACUGUGAUGCUCAGUGGGUACAACGUAUGUGCUACGUCCUGGGGUGUAAGGAAGCCUCCCUUCCAGUAAAAUACUUGGGGAUCUCGCUAGGAGCUAAUCCAAGGUUGGUGAAGACUUGGAAGCCAAUUGUUGACAAAGUGGAGGAAAAACUCAGCAUUUGGAAAGCCAAAGUUCUUAAUAAGGCCGGUAAGUUGGUGCUCAUUAAAUCUGUACUAAAUAGCCUCCCUGUAUAUUAUUUGAGCUUGUAUAAGAUGCCAAAGGCUGUUGCGGAGAAGCUUAUUUCCUUACAGAGAAGAUUUCUAUGGAGUAAGGAGGAUGGUAGGAAUGGUAUGGCUCUGGUCAAGUGGGAGGUGGUGCAGGCGCCUAAAAAGCUUGGUGGAUUGGGUGUGGGGGAUGCCAUGCUGCGAAACACAGCCCUUCUCUUUAAGUGGUGGUGGCGCUUUUCAAAGGAGGAUUGUCCGCUAUGGAAGAAAGUGGUUUGUGCUUGUAAUAACCUGGACCCAAGUGUGCUGUUGUCCUCCCAGGUUUUACCUACCAAGGGGGGCCCUUGGAAGGAUAUCUGCCAGAUACAGUUCAAGAAUCAGCAAGUGAGACAAAAGAUGAUUACUGGGUUGGCUAUGGAGGUGGGUGAUGGAAGAGGGACUCAAUUCUGGGAGGAUGUUUGGUUGCGUGGUGGUGCUCUGAAAGAUCAGUUCUCGAGACUUUUCUCGGUCUCAAACCAAAGAGGAUCUGUUAUAAGGGAUUGCGGGUUCUGGGAUGGGGCUGAGUGGAUAUGGAACUUCCAAUGGAGGAUCAAUACAAAGGAGAGGCUGAGCCGGUUGGGAGUUAUCCACCACGAAGAUGUUGCAUGUGUGUUUUGUAACAAGAGUAUUGAAUAUGGUCACCACUUGUUCCUUGGUUGUGAUUUCUCUUGGCAGGUUUGGUGUGCGUGGUUAUCAUUUGUUGGGAGGCUAUGGUCUUGCCCGGGGACGUUGAAGGAACAUUUCAUAAGUUGGACUGAGAUAUCAGCUAGCAAGGAGGACCGCAAGAGGUGGUUGAUGGGUUUCUGUGCGAUUACAUGGAACAUCUGGCUAGAAAGGAAUCGAAGAAUUUUUCAGAACAAAGGAAAAGGAGUUGAUGAGAUCAUUCAUAUGUCUUUCAUGAACUAUAAGGAGUGGUUAGGUGUGGAUCCUUUUUGUUGUUAA